CUUUUCUGGCCCCAAGUCUCUCGUAACCAUGAAGAAGCCCAUAAAUAUCAACGGGCGACUCGGGACGAGAGGCUACUAUCUGCUGCUAAAGAAAUCGAAGAUUAUUAUCAUCAACAACAAUGGCCAGGAAGUUUUUCGUCGGUGGCAAUUGGAAAUGCAAUGGAACCACUGAAGAUGUGAAGAAGAUAGUCUCCACUCUCAACGAAGGUCAGGUGCCGUCAUCUGAUGUUGUUGAGGUGGUGAUAAGCCCUCCAUUUGUGUUUCUUCCACUGGUGAAAAGUUCAUUGAGGCCCGAUUUUCAUGUUGCGGCACAAAAUUGUUGGGUAAAGAAAGGAGGUGCUUUCACCGGUGAAGUUAGUGCUGAAAUGCUUGUGAAUCUGGCUAUUCUGUGGGUCAUUCUCGGCCAUUCUGAAAGGAGACUUCUCUUAACUGAGUCAAAUGAGUUUGUUGGAGAUAAGGUUGCAUAUGCACUUUCACAAGGUUUAAAGGUGAUUGCUUGUGUGGGUGAGACUCUCGAACAGCGUGAAGCAGGAUCUACCUUGGAAGUUGUUGCUGCACAAACCAAAGCAAUAGCAGCACGUAUAAAGAAUUGGACAGAUGUUGUUUUGGCAUAUGAGCCUGUGUGGGCUAUUGGAACAGGGAAGGUUGCAACUCCUGCUCAGGCACAGGAAGUACAUUUUGAACUGAGGAAAUGGCUUAAAGAGAACACCAGUCCAGAAGUUGCUGAAACAACAAGGAUUAUAUAUGGAGGAUCAGUCACUGCUGCAAACUGUAAGGAAUUGGCAGCACAGCCUGAUGUUGAUGGCUUUUUAGUUGGUGGUGCUUCUCUAAAGCCGGAGUUCAUUGAAAUUAUCAAGUCUGCAGAGGUGAAGAAAAGUGCCUGAGCAUAGCACUAGGAUCAGCUGAUGACUGUUUUAAGUUCAUGUUUGUGAGGUAUAGAAUCCAUAAUGUAUAAUCUCGGUCACUUAAUUUUUGAGGAAAUAAAUUGUUUUUCUUUUUGUAAUGGCAUACCACAUCUCAAGCUGGUUUAUGUCUGAAUAAAUUCUUCUUGAUGCCUUUGAAGCAGUUAAAACACUCAUUUUGGUGUCACA